AUGAGCAGUAGAAUAUUAGAUACAAAUCCAAAAUUAUAUUUCCAUCUUCAACAACAAAGAUUAAUAGAAUAUAUUAGACAAGGAAGAGUAUCUGAAGCUUUAGAAUUCGCACAAGAUGAGUUAGCACCUCUAGGAGAAGAGAAUCCUGAGUUUCUUGAAGAACUCGAGAGAUCAAUGGCAUUGUUAGCGUUUGAUGACACAACCACAUCCCCUGUAGGAGAUUUACUUCACCCAUCACAACGUCUACGUACAGCUAGUGAACUAAAUGCCGCAAUUUUAACUUCACAAAGUCAAGAAAAAGAUCCAAAAUUACCAAAUUUAUUAAAAAUGUUGGUUUGGGCUCAAGAUGAAUUAGAUGAGAAAGUAACAUAUCCCAAGAUUAAAACAUUUGCUAAACAACGAGUUUCGCCAGUACUUGAAGCUUUAGAAGACCCAACAAAAAAAUCCAAAGAUAUAACUGAAGGUUGUAGUUUAGUAGUGACCUUAAAAAUCGUAUUACUGAUUGUCCAAAAUUAG